GAGGUUUAAACAAAUUAUAAAAGACAUGUUAAGGGGAGGAGGGGACAUUGAUCUGAUUUGAGUUCAAGAUCUGAAAAUUUGGGUUCAGUCCUCUGUUUUCUCUCUAUCUUUAGUAAGUCUUUUCUCUACAGAUCCAGCAUUAAGAUGGAACAAUACAAGCCCCCCACAUCUAAGCUUGCCUUCCAAGGCGAUAAGAGGUAUCAUGUAUUUCUGAGUUUCAGGGGAGAAGAUGUGAGAAAGACUCUGGUUGAUCAUCUGUUUCAAGCUCUAUCUGCAGCAGGACUGCAUGUCUUUAUAGACAGUGAGAAAUUGAAGAAGGGAGAAAUGAUUGGGUUGAGCUUGGAAACAGCAAUCGAGAGCAGCGCCAUACGCAUUCCUGUAUUUUCCAAAGGUUAUGCAGAUUCAACAUGGUGUCUCAAGGAGGCCGCUGCAAUGUUGAGCACUCCUGGCUUGAUCAUUCCUCUGUUUUAUCAUAUGGAUCCAACUCAUGUUAGAUAUCCUGUCAAGGACUCAAGCCCCUAUAGCCGAUCAUUUCUCAAACAUUAUGGCCAUCCGGAUCGACACCCAAUAGAAGAGGUUGAUGAUUGGAAGGAUGCCCUUCAGACGAUCUGUUCUCGAUCAGGCUGGUCCAUGGAUAUAACUCAAGGCUAUGAAGCUCAGCUUGUAGAGACGGUGGUGAAUGACCUGAUUAUGACGUUGGAUAGAGUGCCCUUAGAAGUUGCCAAGCAUCCAGUGGGAAUGGACAGCGUGACAAAUGCUCUCAUUCAAAAAUUAAAUCUCAAUUCAAAGGAUGAGGUGGUCAGAGUUGGAAUAUGGGGUGUUGGUGGUGUUGGCAAGACCACAGUUGCCAAGGUCAUUUACAAUCAAAUUUAUACUAAUUUUGACGCUGCUUCAUUUGUAUUUAAUGUCCGCACCACUGCUGCAGAGCCCAGUGGCCUUACAAAAUUGCAGGAAAUAAUUAUAAAAAAUUUAUCAGAAUAUGGCGAAAAAGUAGACAGUGUUGAUAAAGGUAUAUCUUUGUACAGGGAUCGCUUGGGAGGAAAGCGUGCACUGCUUGUUUUGGAUGAUGUGGAUGCUAUUGUACAAUUGAAUGCUCUGGUUGGGGAUUGGCUGGCCCCUGGUAGCAGAGUUAUUAUAACUUCUAGAGACAAGCACAUUCUCAAUGUUGCUAGGGUUUCCUCUGAAUGUAUCCAUGAGAUGACUGGAUUGGGAAUAAAUGAAGGUCUCCAGUUAUUUAGCUGGUAUGCUUUUCUGAGAGCAGUGCCAAGUCCCAAUUACGAAGAUCUGUCCAAGAGAAUAGUGGAAGCUUGUAAAGGGCAUCCUCUUUCAUUGGAAGUGAUUGGAUCCUUCUUGUCUGAUAGGCAGGAUGACACAGGUUGCUGGAUGGAAGCUCUUGAAAACAUCACCUUCAACCCAGAAAUUCAUGAAAAACUUUACAUCAGUUAUAAGGCUCUUACUGAUGAGGAAAAAGAAAUAUUUCUUGACAUCGCUUGCUUCUUCAUUGGAGAAGAUAAAACAUGUCCCAUCAUUUUCUGGAAAUCGUUGUACAAGAAGGUAGACACUGCUGUAUCCAAUCUUUCGAUGAAGCUAUUGAUAAAGAUUGAAGAUGGUGUAUUUGGUAUGCAUGACCAUUUGCGAGAUAUGGGUCGAACUAUUGCUGAGAAAGAAAGAGAAGGUACCCGAUUAUGGGAGGUUGCCCAAUUAAGCACCAUAUCCCACAACAUCAAUUUCUCUCGCCUUCGAAUCAGUGGAGGCAAUCCACGAAGACUCGAAAUGCUGUAUGGACCUGGUCUUCGCUAUCUUCAUUUGCAGAAUAUACCCAUUGAAGACAUGAUAAAAGACCCACUAGCCAUGGUACCUCCAAAUUUGGUAUGGUUAAGGCUGGAAAGUUGUGACACUGAUAAUAAAAUGAAUGGAGGAAUAAAGAGGCCGCGUCACUCCAAAUUUGUGAGUAACAACAUUUGGCAAUUGAAAACUUUGCAAUUAAGAAAUUGCUAUGGUGUUUCCAGCCUUUCUCUCUCCUCCAUAUUUUCACUCCCUAAUAUACAACUGCAGCACUUGGACUUGAGAGGGUAUAGGAAUUUAGGGAGCCUCCCUGAAACCAUAGCUAACCUGUCACAGCUGCAGCACUUGGACUUGAUAGGGUGGAAAAGUUUAAAGAGCCUCCCCGAUGCCAUUGGCAACCUGUCAAAGUUACAACAUUUAAAUUUGAAAAGGUGUUUGAAAUUAAAGAACCUCCCUAAAACUAUUGGCAAGUUGUCAAAGCUGCAGCAUUUGGACUUGAGAGACUGUCAGACUUUAAAAUACCUUCCUUAUACCAUUGGCUACCUGUCACAGCUGCGGCACUUGGACUUAGGAGAAUGUACCCUGUUAUGUAACCUCCCUAGUACCAUUGGAAAACUGUCACACCUACAGCACUUGGUUUUGGAAAGGUGUAUAUUCCUCACGAACCUUCCUGAUACCAUUACUAACCUGUCACAGCUGCAGCACUUGAACUUGAGAGGGUGCAGAAAGUUAAAUAGCCUUCCUAAUACCAUUGGCAACCUGUCACAGCUACAGCAAUUGGACUUGAGAGGGUGCAGGAUGUUAAAUAGCUUUCCUAAUACCAUUGGCAACCUGUCACAGCUGCAGCACUUAGACUUGAGAGGGUGCAGGAGGUUAGCUAGCCUUCCUAAUACCAUUGGCAACCUGUCCCAGCUGCAGCAUUUGGACUUGAGAGGAUGCAGAAUGUUAAACAGCCUUCCUGAUACCAUUGGCAACCUAUCACAGUUACAAUUCUUGAAAUUAGGAGGUUGUGAAAGGUUAAAUAACGCCAACAUUCCACAGUUGGAGCACUUGGACUUGGGACUGGGAAAGUAA